AGUUUCCGAGCUGAUCCCUGAGGCCUAAUCUCGUCAUCUCUGGCAUAUUUUGGUACGCUGCUACCUGCUGUGUUUGCCUUCCUACCUUAUGGUCCGCCAUUCUUACAAACCUUAGCCGCCCUCGUCCAGAGUGCAGUGCUGGUGCUCGAUUCAGCGCUUCGCGCUCACCUCUUUCUAGUUGAUGUCUCAAGAAGUGCUCACUUUAGACUUGGGUACACUUGUGGACGUGAAAUGUGGUUUUGAAAAAGGUGGUCUCGUGAUAGUCGGGUAACCUUCUCAAGCAAGCUAGAAGAAUACAUUCGCGAGAGACAGGCUAACACAUGGCGUUGUCUCCUACGCCGAUCUCAUUUCAGCCGAAGAUUUCAAUGGCGAGAACUUCAGGCUUCGAAGAGGCUGCAUUACGGGUCAAUCCACCCAGGGUUGUUUUCGACAACCACUCUGAUCCAGUCUCAACUCUUGUUAAAGUGGAUAGCGCAAACAAGCAAGGCUGCCUGCUUCAGGUCGUGCAGCUUCUAACUGACCUUGAUCUUGUCAUUUCCAAAGCUUACAUUUCUUCAGAUGGCGGCUGGUUUGUUGAUGUGUUUCACGUAGUGGACCAAUUGGGACAGAAAGUAACUGACAAGAGCCUUAUCCGCUUCAUUGAAAAGGCCCUGGGAGCUUCGAAAGAACAUCCUGUCCCUGAUGCAAAGACCUGCUUAGGAAAGCCUGUUGCGGACGCAAUAGACUUCGAGCAUUCCGUCAUAGAGCUCACAGGGUAUGACCGCCCUGGGCUUCUCUACGAGGUAUCGGAGGUUUUGACUAAACUGGGAUGCAAUGUGGUGGGAGCAGAAGUCUGGACACACAAUAACCGCGUAGCUUUUAUCCUGCACGUCACAGAGGCUAGUAAUGGCGGACCUGUUAGUGACCCUGCUGUCUUGGCUGAUAUGCGUGAGCGACUCUGCUCUGUGAUGGAAUCGAACAGCAUUAGGAUCGAAUCCCGGAGCAGCUUUUUCGUUGGGGAGGCUCAGACUGAUCGGAGGCUGCAUCAGCUGUUGUUCGCGGAUAGAGACUAUGAAACAAUGGGGCUCAAUGCCUUCCCUACAGGUGUGGUCGAGGAGAAGGUGCGGCCGAGCGUUUCUGUGGCCAACUCUCCAGAGUCGCAGUACACAAUCAUCAAGCUGACCUGCGUGGACCGACGGAAACUUCUGUUUGACACGGUCUGCACAUUGACAGACAUGCAGUACAUCAUUCAUCAUGCCACGAUAGAGUCUGAGAACGAUGUGGCGCACCAGGAGUACUAUGUCAGAACCAUGGACGGCUCCAUGCUAGACACCGAAGCUGAGCGGGAGCGGGUUGGGAAAUGUCUUGAAGCGGCUAUUUUGCGUCGCAGCCCAAGAGGUUUGUGCCUUGACCUCUGCACAGGUGAUCGCAUUGGCUUGCUGUGUGACGUCACACGGGUGUUCCAGACUCACAACCUAUCCAUCACGGCUGCUAACAUCUGCACGCGCUGGGGGAAGGCAGUAAAUGAGUUCUACGUCACCGAUUCGGCCAACCGCCCUGUUGAUUUCAGCAUCAUUGAGGCCAUUCGCCAGGAGAUUGGCCCCACGAUUCUAACAGUCCGCAAUGUGGCACCUCCACUCUUCAGCUCUUCACCACCUGAGGAAACCCAAUUCUCUUUCACAGGAUUGCUGCGGUCACUCUCUUUAGGCUUUUCCAACAUGUACCAGACCAGGGGUGCUCCACAUUCAUCCAGCCUUGCGACAAGGAGGCUCUGAGCAUGCCUUGUUACAGAUUCGCCCGCGUUGUAGGAAAGACGGAGGAUCCUCCUCUGUACAUAAUCUAGUAGCUCUUUCAUCCUGUUGGGUAUGUAUAUCCUUCCCUGGAAAGCUCUGCAGCUGUUGUUGUAGGGCGCCUCAUUUGGUCAUCAAUUGGCUUGCUGUGGUCAUCAGUUGCUGGAUGCGGUGUCAACAGUCAC